GUCUCGAAGAUCAAGCCCGGCCUCUUCCUCGGGGGCGUCGAGGCCGCCCACCUCAGCGCCCUCCAGCGCCACAAGAUCACGUCGGUGGUGACGUUGCUCGACCUCGACAAGGCACGUUUCGACUCCAAGUUCCGGAGCCUUAUCUCCUCCGAGCGCCACCUCUUCGUCGACUGCAAGGACACAGCGACGGAGAACCUCCUCGCCCAGCUGCCGCGGAUCUGCAAAUUCAUCGACGAGCAGCUCGCCAAGGGCCCGGUGCCGAGAGAAAAGACGGGCCUCGAAUACAACUUUGCCGUCGACUUCAAUUCCACCCUGCAGCCCGUUGCGCUCGACUACACCAUCAAGCCGCGCGUGCUGGUCCACUGCCGCAUGGGCAUCUCGCGCUCUACCACCGCCGUCGUCGCCUACCUGAUGAGAAAGCACAGCAUCACGCACCGCGAGGCGAUCAACCAGGUCCUGGGCGUUAGAAGUUGCAUCUUCCCCAACGCGGGCUUCGUAGAACAGCUCAAGGUGUGGGAGGAGACCCGCUUCCAGCUCUACGAGAAGGACAGCGACAUCCCGAAGAAGGCCUACCGCCUGUAUCUCGAGAAGAGGGCCGAGAUUCUCCAGCGGAAGGGCGUGACCGACGACAAGCCC